AUGGCUGCCAACGCUCGUUACCAGCCCGCUCCGCAGCGGGACUCUUUCGAAGAUCAGCAGUUCACUCAAUCUCCGCCUUCAUAUCAGGCUACAGCUGACCCGGCUCCGCGCACCGAGAAUGACAACCUGCCCGAUGAUUUCAAGUUCGGUGGCUGCGUGUCGGAAGGCACUAUCGACAUCCGGAUGCAGUUCGUGCGCAAGGUUUAUUCGAUUCUGACCGUCCAACUUCUCGUCACAACCGGCCUCUGCUCCAUCUCCUUCUUCAGCGAUUCCUACCGCGAAUUUAUCAAAGGCAGCCCAUGGCUGGUGAUUAUCUCCAUAUUCGGUGCCCUCGGAUUCAUGCUAGCUACUUGGUGGAAGGCCAAGUCAUACCCGACGAAUUUGAUCUUCCUGACUGGCUUCACACUACUUGAAGGCUAUUCAAUCAGCGUGGUGACAUCGUUCUAUGACGUGCGCGUUGUGGUGCAGGCCCUCGCCCUGACACUGGGCAUCUUUGUGGCCCUGACGCUCUUCGCAUGCCAGACUAAGUACGACUUCACCGACUGGAUGCCUUACCUUUUCGGAGCACUGUGGUUCAUGGUCCUCUUCGGAUUCGUGGCCAUGUUCAUUCCUUUCGGUAGCACCGCUGAGCUCAUUUACGGUGUCAUGGGUACCCUGAUUUUCUCGGGGUACAUCCUUGUGGACACACAGAUGGUGAUGCGCCACUAUCAUCUUGAUGAUGAGAUCCAGGCUUCCAUCUCUUUGUACCUGGAUGUCAUCAACCUCUUCAUGUCUAUUCUGCGCAUCUUGAACAGCCAGCAGAACAACUAA